AUGAUAAUAUCACUGGCAUUGGAAGAUAUGAUUUUUUUAAGUUUAGGUUUAAGUUUAAUGAAAUCUCAUUCUACUUCAAAUACAGUUCCCUUCUUGUUGGUUAUCCACUCAGGAGACAGCUCUGAAUAGCAGUAGGGAUAACCGACCUAACUGUCAAACUGUUCAGUCCCUAAGUCCCGUUCGAACUUCUCAAGUCCAAGCCAGAUACAGCUUGAACCUUCAACACUUGAAUCAAACCCUCAAGAAGUGACUGCACUUCUCUCACUGAGUUUGAAAAAUAAGGUUUUGCAUCCUUGGGUGCGGAGCUCCACCUUAUCUCUAACCGACAUUUUAUAUUGUGAAGAUAUGAAUAUCGCAAUGGGGAUAUUUAUGAAGGAGAGCUUAAAAUGGGACUCAAAGAAGGAACGGGAAAAAUGACAUAUGCCUCAGGGGCUGUUCAUGAAGGUCUAUGGAAGAAAAAUAAGAAAUCAGGAGUUGGAGGGUUCUUACAAAGGCUUAGCUUCAACAAAUAAUUUUAUUUUUUAA